AUUCGCGUUGACGCUGAUGUUGCACACAUCGCAUGGCGAGGGACAGGAAAGGGUUAAUUUUUUCCGCCGCCGACAUUUUUGUUCGGCGCUCUACGGCAACUUUUUAACUUACAUGUGCUACGAGCUGACACUGCGACUCAACGCUACGCGUCACGUUUAGGUCGCAGUGUGCGUCUUAUCUGUUUUUAGAUGUGCGGCAGGUCUUGGAGUGGGCUGCUCAUCGGCUCUUUGUUACACGGAGCUGUUCAACGGCUCCUGCAUGGAGCAGCGUUUGCUAGCAAGAGCUAGCAGCAUCAGCAGCAGCCAAAACUGCAUUUUCAGCAAAACAAACAGACGUAGAGGGUGUAGCUGUCAUUAUCAACGCACGUGGCUUAAAGCUGAGCUGCCGACAGUGUGUUAUGCCGCUCACAUCACACGGAAUCACUCACACAUCAUUACUUUUAUUGUUAGCCUGUGCCCAAGGGUUGAAUGAACUUGGGAUCGUUGCUUGUCUUGAACACUACCCCACUAUACCAGUAACGGCCCCUUCAUCAGCUCACGCCGGUUUAUGUUAAAAACCGAGAUUAUAAGUAACAACCAACUUGCACGGCGUUUCAGUUUUAUCAACUUUGUGGAGCUCAUUUUUUGGAACACAAAAGUUUAUUAUAUUUUCAGUGAUUGGAGAGUAUUUUGGGGGGGGGCUUUAGGUGAUGCCACAUUCAUUAUUGUGCAUUUCAAUUUUAAAGUCAUUGAUGUGGUUCUAGUGGUGCGGACCCAGAGCUUCUUCAGACAUGUCUGUGAGGGAGUCUUUUAACCCUGAAAGCUAUGAGCUGGACAAGAACUUCAGGCUCACACGGUUUGCUGAGCUCAAAGGCACAGGCUGCAAGGUCCCCCAAGAUGUGUUACAGAAGCUGCUAGAAACCCUGCAAGAGAACCACUAUCAAGAGGAUGAACAGUUCCUGGGGGCGGUUAUGCCUCGAUUAGGCAUUGGCAUGGACACGUGUGUGAUCCCCCUCCGGCAUGGUGGCCUUUCUCUUGUCCAGACAACAGACUACAUCUAUCCCAUUGUGGAUGACCCUUACAUGAUGGGAAGAAUUGCUUGUGCCAAUGUUCUAAGUGACCUGUACGCCAUGGGAGUUACUGAGUGUGACAACAUGUUGAUGCUUCUGGGAGUCAGCAACAAAAUGUCAGAGAAAGAGAGAGACAAAGUCAUGCCACUGAUCAUCCAGGGAUUCAAAGAUGCAUCAGAGGAGGCAGGGACGUCUGUAACAGGAGGUCAGACGGUGCUCAACCCCUGGGUAGUGAUGGGAGGGGUUGCAACAACAGUUUGCCAGCCCAAUGAGUUUAUCAUGCCAGACAAUGCAGUGCCAGGAGAUGUGUUGGUGUUGACCAAACCACUUGGAACACAAGUGGCAGUUGCAGUGCAUCAGUGGCUAGAUAUUCCUGAAAAAUGGAACAAGAUCAAGCUGGUGGUGACGCAGGAGGACGUAGAGCUGGCCUACCAUGAAGCCAUGAUGAAUAUGGCUCGGCUCAACAGGACAGCUGCGGGUCUCAUGCACACCUUCAAUGCUCACGCAGCGACCGAUAUCACAGGGUUUGGCAUCCUCGGCCACGCUCAGACGUUGGCACGACAACAACGAAGUGAGGUGUCUUUUGUCAUCCACAACCUCCCAGUGCUCGCCAAGAUGGCCGCCGUGUCUAAAGCCUGUGGGAACAUGUUCGGGCUCAUGCAUGGCACCUGUCCUGAAACAUCAGGAGGCCUGCUUAUUUGUUUACCUCGAGAACAAGCUGCCCGCUUCUGUGCCGAGAUCAAAUCCCCAAAAUACGGAGAAGGUCAUCAAGCAUGGAUCAUCGGGAUUGUAGAGAAAGGAAACCGCACUGCUCGCAUCAUUGACAAACCACGAAUCAUAGAGGUGGCACCACAGGCAGCCACACAGAAUGUCAACCCAACACCUGGUGCAACUUCUUAAACCUCCUCUGUUGCAUCACAGACCGGACCCCAAAAGCUCUGAGUGAUUUUAGACACAUAAACUACAGAACCAUCCUAGAGUGUUGAAAUAUAUACACAAAUAGUAUGUACACAGAAAAGACUGGGUUGGCGUGCCAUCAACAUGAAAACAGCUCCACACAGUGGCCCCGUGGGGGCACAUCACUACCCAGUGGACUCAACCUGCAGUAUCCCCGCGAUAAAAAUUGGUAAGAAAUAGAGCAUUCUUAAAAUCCACUUGCUUUUGUUGUCUAUUGUAUUCUGUUAUGUUCAGUGUGCUUGACUGGCAGGCAGCUUCUGAUAGGAGAUAAUCUGAUACUGCUGAUUCAUUUUGAAUCAUUAGGAAGUCUGGAGUCGGUUGCCUCUUUGGCUCUCUUAAAACUUCUCUCAUCAAACCAUGGUGGCGUUUUUGUUUAUUGUUCAUUUACUUUGUUGUACAGUUAUACAGCCUAGUUUUAGUUCAUUGUUGUAACUGAUGCCUUGAUGAAAAUAAGUGCGACCAGAAUGGCUUGUUUUUUAUUACUUUGACUUUUUGUAUUGUCCCUGCAUAAACUAAUAAACCAUCAUCUAUUUGAAAUUUAGUCUCACUUGUGUGGAUAAACUAAAUCAAAUUGGCCAUGUAGUUACAGUGUAGUUACAAUAUUGAACUAAAGUUUUAUAAAAAACAGAUACUUCUCUAAAGUGGUUUCUUAUUAAGUUAUAAAUCAUCGUGUGGUCUUAGAUACAUUAAAAUCUGCAGAACCCUCAGGAGAUGAACUGUAAACCAUCUGCAUUCUCAUUAUGUCAUGUUUAACAUAAUACAAAAUACAGGAUCUUUUUUUUUUUUUUGUCCCUCAUCAUUGCCAGAAUAUGUACGGCAAGAACGCUGAGUUACAGUAAUGAAGCUUCCAGCUGGUCAAAGGUCAGAUAGCAGGGAUGAAUCAGGAAGCUCUCUGUAAAACUUCAGGAACAUGUCAAAAUCCCCCUUGCCACCUCUUAAAAUAAACUUCUCUAAUAAAAAAAAAAGUUU